AAACAUUAGACUCGGCUCAGCAUCGAAGCGUCACGCUCCUCCGCACGGGUGAAGUAGAAGAUCCUCUCUUCUUCUUUUGAAUCUUCUAGUGUUCCCAGCUGAGGAACACGAGCAGCGGGUCAGACGGCAGGCGCACGUAUGGCUAACUCAGCCCGGUGUAGCUUAGCAGCGUCUGGUUUGUUAACCAGACCCCGGCUGUCUUAAUCUGGACAAACUGUCCACCGCCGCUGCGAAGUGGAGCACAAAGCGUAGAUCCACCCCCCGCUAGAUAAGUAGCUGCAACUUUUAGAUAAACAACUCUCCACUCGGUAGGAAACUUGCUACUUUAGAAAUGGACCGAGGUGGUUGUCAGAUGAGCGGCGGUGACAGCGGCAGCAGCACCGAGCGGAACGGGAUGAUCACCCUGGAGGACCUGGAGUCCUUCUCCGAGGACCAGCUCUCAGACUCGGGCAAUGGUAGUCUGGAAGAGGAAGCAGAAACCAUGGAGGCGGACGACAGCUCAGACCGACUACUCCAUUACUGGCAGGAAGUAGCGAGGGGUCAUCAAGUGGAGGUGUCCCAAGAAAUGGCAGAACCCAUUCAACAACUAAGCAGCAACAACUAUGGACGCAGUCAAAGAGAACAUGUUCCUUUCACUCUCCUAAUGCGAAAAGAGAAGUGUGGGGAGUUGCUGUUUGAGAAACGCCACUAUGAAAAGGGCCACUGGGCUUGUAUAACGAUGCGGGAGGACACAUAUGAACAGAGCAUCUGCUAUGGUUUCAUGAAGAUAAUGAGAUAUAUCUGUCAGCAGAACUCCGUAGGCGACUACCUUGGCAUGACUCUGCCCAUUGUGACAGUAGUGCGAACAAAUGAGGACCAUUCUGUGAUCUCCCAGGAAGUCACUGUAGCUUACUUCCUUCCUGUUGAGCACCAGGCCCAGCCGCCACAACCUUAUGACAAUGAGAUCAUCAUCGAGGUCUGGCCUGCCGCUACCGUGUACACAAGAGCUUUUACUGGGCCCACCAACGAAGUGACCAUCAUCAACCAAAUCAACGCCAUGGCAGAGCUUCUGGGCUCUCCAGGCGUGUGCGUCAACGACUCCUUCAUAGUGGCCGGCUACACCAACCCGGCGCACAGCCACCGUCAGAAUGAGAUCUGGUUCCUGGAGCGACGCUGAUGGGAUGGUAGCCUCCUACCUAUGACCCUUUAGCCUCAAACUCUCUUAACACUGCCCCAGCUAGCUCUGCCACAGCCUCAGGUGCACAUCAUCUUCAGUCUCUAUCCCUACCUGAAACGACCACCAGCCUAACACACUCCAAAGCAGAUAGAAAAAAGAAAGAAGGUUUUAUUUCACUUACAAGAGCUGAUGCUAAUGACUGCCACUCAUGAACCAGAUGUAAAUGUAGAGCACUGCAUUGAAGAUGGAAACAAAACUUUCCUAAAAUUGUGAUUGUUUAAGCUGUUAGUGCUCUGUGAGUAUAGUGACCACUGAGUGGUGUCAGAAAUGUGCAACAGUCUGCCUAUUCACGAGAAAAUAGGCUCCCAGCGGACACGCAGCCUUACUGUGACCCUUUCAUUGAUGUCUAGCCAUGUUAGUGACUCCAUCAUUCUAUCGCUUUCGUUCUUUCAUCACUGGAUUUGUUUUAUCAAGUACAGCUCUUGGCUCUGUGGUAUGCCUGUAACAGUUUUUAUUGUCUUUCAACAAUAAGUGCAAUAUCUCAUUAAACGACCAAUAAUCAAACAAGCCAGUUUCUGGGCCUAGGAGCCCAACCGAAUCAUUGUCAUGGUUAGGGGAUGUGGGAACGAGAAGUCCAAAAACUGUCCCCCCAGAACAGAACCAGUGGCUUGGAUCGUGUUUAGACUCAGCACAAACGUCGACACGAAUAUCCAGACUGUAACAUGUUUGUGCAGACUGUAAAGCUACAGGGCAUCAAGCGUCUGCAAACCAAAUGCUGAGAACAGGUCGUACUGCUAAUCGACAAUCAGAACCUACAGCAGAUUACGUCUGAUGUCACUGACACAACAUAAUGCAUUCCUGUUUACACACACCCAAGUAUUUAUCAGUGUAUGUUAUAACAUGUUCUCUCACUUCUUACUACAUUGUGUCAACGUCAGUGAGAAUUCACUGAUGUAUUGCAAACACUACUGCUGCUAAGUGGAGACAAUGCAAUCACAAAAAGUGUAAGUGCACAGAGAAUAUCUACUGUGAUAAUAGUCCUUAUGGUAAAAGUCUAUGUUCUGUUUUAGUUGGAAUCUCUUAAUGUUCUUUCAACGCAUCUUUCACAGAGGUGUGGGAAUGUUUCUGCUCUGAACAUGUGCGUUAACUGCUGGGGCAUGGGGGAAAUACAACUGGAAGCCAAUGAGCGAAAUCAUCACCGUGUGAUGGUGUUUCCUCUGACAGGAGGAAGUUGUUAGUGGGUUUUGUUGGGUUGGGAAGGUUGCCCCGUCCGAAAUAAAACUGAUUCAAAAGACUUUAAUUAAUUGAAAUAACAUCCAAAGAGUUUAUUUUAAGGUAAAAUGACAGUAGCAUUUAUCUGUAUAAAAUGUGCAAAAGCCAUUAUACAUGUAGCUUGUUGUUUUCCUUAAAAAUCAUACUUAAUACUUUGUUUUUCUUUCUUGUAUCUUUAGUGUGAUGUAUUGUGAAAAUGUACGUAAGUGCGUCAUACUAGCACUACUGUGGUUUUCUUUGUUCAAUAAAAUAUGCUGGUAUCA